CAAUGGAACCAAUGGAACCAAUGGGACCCAAUGGAACCAAUGCAUCCAACAGAACGAAUGGACCCAAUGGACCCAUCAGAACCAAUGGACCCAGUGGACCCAUCAGAACCAAUGGACCCAAUGGGACCCAAUGGACCCAAUGGAACCAACGGAACCAACGGAAUCCAAUGGACCCAAUGGACCCAAUGGUACCCAAUGGAACCAAUGGACCCAAUGGACCCAAUGGACCCAAUGGAACCAACGGAACCAAUGGACCCAAUGGAACCAAUGGACCCAAUGGAACCAACGGAACCAACGGACCCAAUGGAACCAAUGGACCCAAUGGAUCCAACGGAACCAAUGGCACCACUGCAUCAGUAUCACUGUCACCAUCACUGCUGAGUCAACAGCACCAGAACUGGAACCAGAACCAGAACCAUUGGGUCAAUGUCACCACCAAGUCAACGUCACCGCAGCAACACCAUCGCUGUCAUCAUCACUGCUGGGCCAACAGCACCGGCACCGGCACCACCGGGUCAACGUCACCAUGGUUGUCACCACCGGGUCAACGUCACCACCAUGUCACCAUCACCACCGGGUCAAUGUCACCGUGGUCGUCACCACCAUAUCGAUGUCACCACCAUGACACUGCCACCGUCACCAUUGUGUCACUGUCACCACGGUGUCACCACCAUGUCGAUGUCACCACUGUGACACCGUCCCCAUCACCAUUGUGUCACUGUCACCACGGUGUCACCACCAUGUCGAUGUCACCACCGUGACACCGCCACCGUCACCACCAGCUCGAUGUCACCAUCACCACCCCGACACCGUCACCAUGAUGUCACUGUCACCACCAGGUCACCGUCACCACCGGGUCAGUGUCACCAUUGGGUCAAUGUCACCAUGAUGUCACCGCCGGGUCACCACCAAUGUCACCUCCACGUCAAUGUCACGUGACCGGCACCACCGCGUCCCUGUCACGAUGCUGUCACCGUCACCGCUGGGUCACCAUUGUCACCACUGUGUCACCAUCACUGUGCUGUCACCAUCACGGUGGUGUCACCGUCACCACGGUGGCACUGUUGUCACCUUAGCGUCAUUGUCGCCAUCACUGCCGUGUCACCGUUGUCCCCGGGGUGUCACCAUCCUGGUGGUGUCACCAUUGUCCCCAUGGCUGUGGUGUCACCAUUGUCCCCGUGAUGUCACCAUCCUGGUGGUGUCACCAUUGUCCCCAUUGUCCCAAGGUGUCCCCAUGGCUGUGGUGUCACCAUUGUCCCCAUGGCUGUGAUGUCCCCAUUGUCCCCACGCUGUCACCAUCCUGGUGGUGACACCAUUGUCCCCACUGUCCCCAUGGUGUCCCCAUUGUGGUGUCACCAUCCUUGUGGUGUCACCAUUGUCCCCAUUGUCCCCAUGGUGUCCCCAUUGUCCCCACGGUGUCACCAUCAUGGUGGUGUCCCCAUUGUCCCCACGGCUGUGGUGUCCCCAUUAUCCCCAAGGUGUCACCAUCAUGGUGGUGUCCCCAUUGUCCCCACGGCUGUGGUGUCACCAUUGUCCCCAUGGUGUCAACACUGUGGUGUCACCAUCCUUGUGGUGUCAGCAUUGUCCCCGUUGUCCCCGUGGUGUCCCCAUUGUCCCCACGAUGUCACCAUCAUGGUGGUGUCCCCAUUGUCCCCAAGAUGUCACCAUCCUUGUGGUGUCACCAUUGUCACCGUCACGGUGGUGUCACCAUUGUCCCCAUGGUGUCAGCAUUGUGGUGUCACCAUCCUUGUGGUGUCAUCAUUGUCCCCAUUGUCCCCACGGUGUCACCAUCAUGGUGGUGUCCCCAUUGUCCCCACGGUGUCCCCAUGGCUGUGGUGUCCCCACUGUCCCCAUUGUCCCUGCGGUGUCACCAUCCCGGUGGUGUCCCCCUUGUCCCCAAGGU